AGAAUUUUCAAGCUUCGAGUUCAGCAGCAGAAACGGAAAGUUUCUCAAGGAACAAGAAGUGAAAAUUUGAGGUCUUGGAAGGAUUGAGUGAAUUUUCGGCAGAGUUUAAAUUCAGAGACUGAAAUGGCAGCCGAGUUUACAAGCGAAGAGUCAAGCAUCCCACAGAACCUGCUGCAACUCUUGCAUUCGUUUGGCUAUGACUGCAAGCGACGAGGAAACCUCCACCUGCUGGACGAGGACACGCUGGCUUUCGUGGCUGGAAACAUGUUGGUCCUUUUGGACAUGAACACCAAAGAGCAGCGCUAUAUCCCCAGCUCUGGUGGAGGCGGCAUUGGUGCCAUGAUGCCUCAUCCCAGUAGGAGCUAUUUUGCCGUGGCAGAGAAAGGCGAGCAGCCUGACAUAAUCAUUUAUGAAUAUCCGUCACUGCAGCCCUACCGUACCCUCCGAGGAGGCACGUGUAAGGCAUACAGCUGUGUAAACUUUAAUAAUGAUGGCACACUGCUGGCGAGCGUUGGAGGCGCUACUGAUUACAUGCUGACCUUAUGGGACUGGAACCAGGAACAGGUGGUGCUGCGCUAUAAGGCCUUCUCUCAGGACGUCUACUGCGUCACGUUUUCUCCGUACAACCCGUGUCAGCUCACUACCGCCGGCUCAGGACACAUCAAGUUCUGGAAAAUGGCCGACACCUUCACCGGUCUGAAGCUGCAAGGCAUGCUGGGAAGGUUUGGAAAGACCCCUCUGACAGAUAUAGAUGGCUAUGUUGAGCUCCCUGAUGGGAAGGUGAUCUCAGGUUCAGAGUGGGGAAACAUGCUACUAUGGGACGGCGAUCUGAUAAAGGUCGAGCUCAGACGUAAAGACGGACGCAACUGUCACGCAGGGCCGAUACAUCAGUUCGCUCUGGACGAGGGCGAGCUGAUAACUGUGGGCGCAGACGGAGCGGUCAGGACCUGGGACUUUGAAACCAUCGAUACAGCAGACUGUAUGGAUGACAGCGGCCUGUUUGAGAUCAAGCCCAUGAACGAGUUGAUCGUAGGCCGCAAUGUGAAUCUUUCCUGCAUGGUCAGGAGCAGCAUCCCACAAUCCAGUAUCUGGUUUGCACAGGAUUCUAAUGGAGGAAUCUGGAAACUGGACUUGUCAUUCUCUAAUUUAAGCCGGUCGCCUGAGUGUCUUUUCUCAUUCCACGCUGGUGCAAUUAAGGGAAUGGAUGUGUCUGGAUUCAGUCACCUGAUGGCCACCACUGCGUUAGACUGUUCAGUAAGGAUUUUUGACUUCCUUUCCAACAAGGAGCUUGCAGUCAGCCAUUACGUACAGGGCGGAAGCACUCUCACCUGGGCCCCUCGUACAGUGUGUGGUGGUGAGAGUCUCCUGGUGGUGGGCUUUGAGGAUGGCGUGGUGCGUCUGUUGGAGCUCUCGAAACCUCAGAGCCUGUAUGCCAUUUCAGAAAGCAAUCUCUCAGAGCUUUGUCUCAAACAGGCUUUCAAACCCCAUGAUGCAUCUGUGACAGCCAUCUCCUACAAGCACGAUGGGCAGAUCAUGGCUACUGGGAGUGUGGAUGGCACGGUGUUCUUCUUCUCAGUAGGGGACAGCUAUGAGCCAGUCGGCUUUGUGAAAGUGCCAGGACCGGUGCAGGGUCUGCAGUGGGCUCCUCAGUCACAUGAGAGAAACGCUCUUUUAGUUACAUGUCAGGUGAGUCAUGUGGUGGAGAUCGAGGCUCCUGAUACACUUGGUCCUGUUACAGGAAACACAUACUAUCUGCCGAACCUUCCCAUCAGGCACUUCUGCUUCCAGAGCAUCAAAUCACGCAUUAAGAGGGAUGAAGAGAUAGCCCGAAGACAGGCCAUGAAGGAAAAGAGACAGAAAGAGGCAAAGGAUCAGGAACAAACUCCAACAGAGGAAGAGGAAGAGGAGCUGCCACCAAUCUGCAUCCCCGAUACCCCCAGUCCCCUUCACUGCACCUUCUACUCCACUGAGCCUGGAGCAUUCUGGCUCUCUGUGGGAGGCUAUGACUCAGGGUAUCUGUAUCACUGUAAGUUUUCGGAGCAGCAGUCUGUGGACCUGUCAGAGAGGAAAGAUGAGCCGUUCGCUCAUGUCCCAAUCCAAGAUGCAGAUCGUAACCCCAUCCUCACUGUCUGCUUCUGUGAGGCGAGGCAGCUGCUGUUGUGUGGGAUGCAGGACGGCAGUAUCCGGGCGUAUCCUCUGGAGUCGGAGGACCUGCAGCCGGUGCACAUGCAGGCGUACUGCACGCUCAGUAUUCAUGACAGCCAGUAUGGAAGCCUGCAGCAGCUCUGUAUCAGCCACGAUGGCCGCUUCGUGCUGAGCACCGGCGCAGAUGGAAACAUCUUCUCAUUCAGGCUGCUGGAGAUGGAGGAGCUGGAGAAAGUACUACAGAGGGAACACGCUAAAGUGCCCUCACCGCGCCUCAUCCUGGACACGGAGCCUGUGCCUGUGGAUAUAAACGACCCUGCUGCUUACAGUAUCGAGACAGCUGCGCAGAAGCUGGAGUUGGACCGCAUGCAUCAGGAGGCUGAAUCAAAGAAGCAGGAGCGCCGUGAGAAGCUUGCUGAGUUGCAAAUACGUUACAAAGCCAUUCUGGGGCAAAACCAGAGUCUGCCAGAGCACAUGCGCCUGCAGCCCAUGGAGCUGGAAAUCAAUUGCCGUUUCCGGGAGGAAAAUGAGAGAUCGACGGCUGAGAGAGUGAAAGAAGCGAGGAGAGAAUUGGCCUGGGAGACAGAGAGAUGCAGUAUCGCCCUGCAGAAGCUCCAUGACUGGAUUUUGGGCUCAUCGGUGUGUGACACAGUGACGGUGUCUGCGAUCAGUAGUGAUCAUAAUGUUUCCACCUACAGUUUGAUAGAUCUGGCCAAAAAACUCCACCAGCUGAAUCAGCAGGAAAGAGUUGUGCAAGACUCUGAUCCUGACACUCUGGACGAGUGCAGCUCUAAAGAAGAGGAAGAAACUGAGGUCAUCUCAGAUCAGAGCACAGCAGAGGAGGAUUCAUCAGCCGCAGCAGGGUUACGAGUGCAAGUGCCGCAGAGAGCUGUUGGCAAGCUGGCAGCCAGACAGGCGGAGAAACUGCGUAAGGCGACUGAGAAAGCGCAGAAGGUCCGCGCCAAGUUAGAGCAGAAGAAGAGGGAGUGGGACAAACUCUAUGCUACCAAACCGAGCGACAACUAUGAGGAUCCAGAAGACAUCCGUGCAAUCCAGUUGGCCAAGGAGAACUUGGGUGACUUCAAAUUGAAGACAGAAAAGGGCUUUAUAGUUCCACAGCAUCUGAGGAUGAACGUUGAGAAGAAGAUGGCACAAUUUAUUGAGCUUGGGGAGCAGAUCUACCAGAGGAAAAGUCACAUGAACAUGCGUGUGCUGGCCCUGCGGGACUUAAAGGUAGCUCUUGUCUCCCAAUUCCACUCCUACAUGCACCAGCUUCUGGCUGUUCAGAAGCUCCUCCCCCCAGAGAAGCACCGCCCACCACCCACCAUGCCCACUUUGACACCGGAGGAGACGCCUGACAGGGAGCUGGAACGCUACUCUGCUGCACGUGCCCAAAUGAGCCACAGCAGCUGGGAUGAUGAGCAGGAGGAAUCUCAGGAUGACAAGGCCCUUUAUACAUGGGAGGAAUAUAGACUUGGAUUCUACAAACACACAAUCUCAGGGGAGAACCUGACUGAGGUGAAGGACGUACUGGAGUUGGAGGAGUUGCUUAACCUUCACGUGCAGCACAAACUCAUAAAAAAGAUGGAGGAGGCCAUUUGCGAAUUCAAUGCCAAGUUUCAUCUCCUGCGUUAUGAGAAAGGCCAGCUGGACGUGCAGAUGAACCUGGCUAAAUACCGACACAUCACACUGUUCGAGGAGCUCCAUAUCCUUAAAGUGUUCGAGAAGAGAGAGUUUGCACUCCAGGAGAGACGAAAUGCCUGCCUGAAGGAGCAGAGAGCGCUCAGGUCGAAGAUGGAGGAGUGUAAACAUCAGUUGGAGGUGAAGAAUAGAGACAUAGCGAAGCUGCGUGAGAGCGAGAAAGUGUUGUUCUCCACAUUCAAGGCUUCAGUUGAAGAAAACACGUUCGCAGAUUUCCUCACGAAAGUCUUCAAGAAGAAGAUCAAACGAGUGAAGAAGAAAGAGAAGCUUGAAAGUGAUGAUGAAGAAGAGGAGAGUGAGGAAGACUCCGAUGAAGACUCAGACUGGGACAGCGAUGAAGAUGAUGAAGGGUUCAGUGAAACUAGUAGCAUUGACUAUAACGUCUGUCCUCCAAACUGCAACCCAGAGCUUUUUGAGAACACUUUAAGAUUGCGGGAGCAUCGUCUGGAUUUGGAGGAGCAAUUGCAUGCGGAGAAGAUAAUAGCAGACAGCCUGAAGAAGGACUACGACUCACUCACCAAGAAAGUGAAGAUAGUGCAGAGCAACCUGAAAGCAGUAGACGGCGACCUGGAGCUAUUAAACCAAGAGAAGCAGCAGAAAGUCAAUGAACUGGAUGCGGUCGUCCCACUGAGGCUACACCAGAUUGAGUAUAUGAAUAACGGAGUGAUGCCCUCUGACCUGAGCGAGGCGCUGGUGAUAAACGCGACGUCUGUGAGCCAACUACAUAAACGCAUUCAGGAGCUGGAACAGGAGAAGAUCGCUCAGAAGCAGUUAUACAGACAAGCACGCAAACAACACGUCCAGCUCCGAGCCGACCUCCGAGACAUGGAGGCCAAGAGUCAGGAGUUAAAGGCACACUGCGAGCAGCUGAUGAUGAAGAAGUUUGGGAAGAUGGUGGAUCUGGAGGCUCUGCAGACUCUGGGCGGCAACCAGAAGCUGGAGGAAUUGAAAUAUUUGAAGCAAGUGCAGGAGGCUCAGCACAUGAAGGAGCUCAGGAUGUGGGAGGAGAAAGUGAUUGCUGCCAGGCAGAAACUGACCAACGUGACCAGAGAGAACACAGAGCGUCUGCGCAAACUCAACAGCCUGCUGAUCGAGAAAAAGCUGGUGGAGGACAAACUCAAUGCCAGGCAGAAGAUUGUGAGGAAUCAGUUCCAGGUCUCCCAGCAGGCUGAGGUAGAGGAAAUCCAAAGUCUCCAGCUGUACGUCCAGAACCAGGAAGAGAAAAUUAAAUGGCUGAAGCAGGAGAUCAGCACCUUGUCUCUCAAAGCUCCGUGUCCGACACGACUGCCUCCUCAUACUGCUCAUCAGCGCAGAAUCGCUGGAAUGGGACAAGCUAGAGAAAGCACUACAGAGAAAACACCCCAGUGUGUCCUCACUCCACCUCAGCCUGGAGACGGAGGCUUUGCCCCUGGAUCUAAACUACCCCAUUUCCUACAGUUCCAGGGCUCCCAGCAGGCUGAUCAACAGAACAUCCAAAGCCUGGGGGUGUUCAGCCAGAAGCUGGAGCCCAAACCCCGGCCUCACAAACACAUUCCAAAGCGUUCAGCACCUCCGUGUCCACCAUAGCGGUGCCAACCACUGAAGAAGAAAUCGCCAACUUUUCUAGGCUGAGAAUGAAGGAAGCACUACAGAGAGAACAUGCCAGGAGAAAAAAAAAUUUACAGACGUCUAAGCAGAAGCUGGAGUUGUCCCGUAUGCAUCAGGAGGCUGAACUGAGGAAGCAGGAGCGUUGUAAGAAGUUCUCAGAGUUGCAAAGCCGUUUAAAGCCAUUCUGGAGCAAAACCAGAGUCUGCCGGAGCACGUCCACCUGCAGUGCUCAGUCACACACCCCUUGUUUCAUCCUUGCAUGGACGUGCAUUUACUUUAACUAGGAAAAUGACUUGAGCAAGGCACCUAACCCCCAACUGGUUAGCUGGGGUAUGUCUAACCACUCUGGAGUCCAUCUCCAACAGCGCUCACCAGCUCCCCGAAGGAAACGGCACCUCCCCGAGCAGCAGUCCUCCACUUGGCAUGAAGAUUCCACAGAACCUCACACCCUCACUCCCUUCCCCCCACACCUUACCAUGUUUGCAAAUAAAAGAACGCCUUUUUCUUGCACCUAAUCCCAGUCUCUUUGGUGAGUACUUUGAGGAAUCUUGAUAGUGAUGACUCAGCGAGGGAGAGCACAGGCUGGGAUCAGUCUCCCAGCCACACACACCUCAUGGAACACGACACUGAGACGCCCCCAGGGGUGGUGAUCUGGAGCCACCCCUACUGCUUACCCGAACACAAGAAAACUGUGGUUCAGGACGAACUCAAGGCCAUGCUCGAAAUGGGAAGAAUCGCACAGUGACUAGA